AUGGGUUCCGACGGUUCUUCUUGGACUCCACAGUCUGUGCUGUCCACCCUCCCCCACCCACCAGAGGAGAACUCCACAUCCCCCGUCGCGUUCUUCCACCUUAUUGAGCGGUUGAAGACCACUAAGCGCGAAGGCUGGCGCCGAUUCGGAAUCGACCAUGGCGAGUCCAUCUCUGACCACAUGUAUCGCAUGUCGAUCAUGACGAUGAUUGCUCCGGCCGAGCUGGCUUCCAAGCUGAACAUCCCGCACUGUACUAAGAUGGCCCUUAUCCACGAUAUGGCUGAAUCGUUAGUCGGUGAUAUCACCCCCGCUGACGACCAUAUCCCCAAGGCCGAGAAGGCUCGCCGUGAGGCCGCCACUAUGGAGUACAUCGUCAAGAACCUGUUAGGGAAUGUCCCCGGCGGCGCACUCUCCGGCGCGGAAAUCAUGCGCGUAUUCCAGGAAUACGAGGAUAAUGAGACGUUGGAGGCACAGUUUGUGCACGAUGUUGAUAAGAUGGAGCUGUUGCUUCAGUUUAUUGAGUACGAGCGUACUCAUAACGUCGACUUGGAGGAGUUUGAGGGCGUCGCCGGGAGAGUCCAGCUUCCUGAGAUGAAGGUCUGGGCUGCUCAGAUUGUUCAAGAGCGUCCCAAAUAUAACAAGAAAGCAGAAUAG